CGGUGUGAAAGUUUAGAGUUAAACACUGAGGACAGAAAGAGAAUUGAAGAAAUUAAACGAGAGCUUCUGCUGAACACCAAAUACACCAAGACUGCAUUAUCAACACUCCUGAUAGACUGUGUUCAAGUGGAGCUCAGAUUCCGAGGGCAGUGCACAGUCAAGUAUUGGCCUUGAAUCUCAGCAGACAAAGGGUUAUGUUGGACUGCGUAACAUGGAGAAUCGUCUCUCAGAUCAGCUGCAGAAAGCCCCUUCAAAUCCUUUGAGCACAGUUCAGGAUCUUGAAGCCAAAGUACAUGAGAUCGCUCUUAGAGAAGGCUUUAGCACCAAGCCCUUUACUUCUAUUACUAUAUCAACCACUCGCCGUACUCCAUCUCCACAGUCACCACCACACAGUCCGGUCACAGGUACCCUGAAAAUAACUAAUGUUGGUUCAGCCAAUGAGACGCCUGCUGGAACUAAAGACUCUGACAGAGAAAAAGAAACAGAAGGACAGCAUAUUGACGAGAAGAAAACAACUGAGGAUAAACAAGAGAACACAAUUACAGAUAAAGCCCAGAGAAUGUCUCACAUCGAUUAUAAUGUCACAAGCUCAACCUUCAAUAACAAGUCCCACCUCUCUCACAUACAUGUCACCUUAUCACCUAAACCCAAAAAUCAGAUUCGUUUUGAGAAAUCCACUCAAAACAUCAGUCAAGAUGUCGCGCUUCAAAGACCCAUAGUGCCAAGCGUGGCUGAUCCACAACUGGAGCCCAUGCACAGAAUCUCAACAUUAAAUCAUGUCAGUUCAUAUGAAUACAGAGAACGGGUUCAAGGCCAGAACACAGGAAGAGUCAGUGCACGCUUUCCAGCCAGACACACACAAUCCUCUGCUCCCUCUAACAGGCUGGACAUGAAAUCCAGAACUCUCUCUGGUCAAACUGCAUACGGCACAGCAGCUGUGCCCACACUGCUGCCAUACAAACCUCAUGGAAGCUCCGAGCUGUUCUACAUGCCGCAGGUUGAUCCAGAACUUUCUCCUGGUCGCUCUGACACAACUGUGGAAAGUUCUCACCCAGAUUCUGAUGAUGCUGUUCCUCCUCACUUCAAUAAAGACAUUUUAGGCUCUAGAGAGCAAGAAGACAACACAAUUACACCAAAGCACAAGGAAGGCAUCUACAGUAAGAGGACCAAUAUGAACAAAGUUUCCAGUGGAGAUUGUCCUCCAAAAUCAGCAAGCACUUUUGUCAGUACCGCUCCCGAAGUCUCAAAGAAGAACAUGGAGACUGUUGGCAUAGAUGCAGAGUAUAACGAUAAGGAAGACCAUUUUGUCCCCCUGAACAUGGAGGCAGACAACAGUAUGGACCAUGUCCAUUUUCAUAACAGCACCACACAGGAGCCUAAAAUACCUCGAGAACCACACUACUCAUCUUCUCAGCCAAACAGAAGACCCUACAGGGGGAACAAGAAAGGGAAGGACAGAACACCUCAUGAUGUUAGCCUGGAGAUCACAAGUUCGCUAGACCAGCUGUGGCGUCGCUUUAAUGAAAAAUGGAGCACAGAGGAGUCCCGAUCCAUCAAUGACGGAGAGACGUCUCUGCUAGAUAGACUGGAGCGCUUGUCUCGUCUCAUUCACAACACCACUCCAACAGACCAUAGUGUUCAGCAGUCAUCAGACAGUGGCAAUGGAGAGUAUGACAGGAUGAGAAACCAAGAAGAAGAAGAGCAAAGAGAAAGAGUGCAGUUAAAAGCGCCUCCAAAGCAUGCGUGGGUUCAGGAUGAAGGACAAGGCAAAGUGCAUCUCUGUCCUGCUGAGAGAGACGAGUCUGUGGAGACCAGCAGUAGUGUUUCCACUGUGGACACAGAGAGACUGCAGAGAGCUUUUGGAGCUCACAGAGUCGCACGUGAAGGAAUGAAAAGCGACGGCAGCUUGCUCAGACUUUACAACAGCAUCAACGCAAAGAAAACAAGUCGAAGGAAACCAAGUACUAAAGAUGCUGCAGUCUCUGUCACAACAGACAAUACAGAUGACUCCACAGUCUCUGCUGGCUCUUUAUCAUCUUCAAGCACUUCAUUCCACCAUUCUCAAAGAGGCGUCUACAGCCUUAAAACCAAAAAGUCAAAAGUCAAACUGGUCAGCAAAAGUGUGCAGGCAGGUGAUUUGGAGAUUGUGAUAAACGGCACACGAAAGCACACUCGAGAUGUAGGCACCGUAUUUCCCUCUCCAGGUGCUUUCAAAAAUGUCUCUUCAUCAAACAAAUUUGGCAGUGGCCUUCAGAAUGGUAUUCCCAUCCCUACUGCCUCCACAGCUAAACCAAUCCAAACAGCUCUGAAGAGAGACUCCAGCAAUAAGAGUGUGCGGACACGUUACCCGCAUGGUGUGUCAUGGUUUGUUUCUGCUGAUGAGCUGAAGUUUGACGGCCGCAAGGAAAACCAGCCACAGAACGAGUCAGAACCUUCCAUAAGCCAAGCCUGGUUUGAGCCUUACAGCAGGACUCGACCUUGGAGAGAAUCGAGCAGAGAACCGUUAAGGGAGAGACAGAAUCAGCAAGAGCAGGAGAGGCAGACAGAAACCAGAACAGCGAUGGAGACGGACAUCAGUGACAAAACCUCAGCUCUUGUUCGUCUUUCACUGCAGGAAGCUCUGGAGCUCCAUCGGCCAGAGUUUGUGUCUCGCUCUCGGGAGCGAAUGAAGCGGCUGGGGUUGCUGGUUGAGGAACGGAGGUUACAGGCCAUUUUCAACAGAGAGAGAGAAGAGCUCUUCAACUUCCCCGCACCAUCACGGCCACUCAGAGCAGCUCCAGUACCCCGUAAACGAGUCGUUCCAAGAAAAGAGAUGGUCCAAAGGUCCAGAGAGAAAUACGCUAAACUUCCUGAGGUCCAGAAGAGAAGAGAAGAGGAAAAGAGACGGGCAGAGUAUCGCUCAUACCGCCUCACUGCUCAGCUCUUUAACAAGAAAGUCACCAAUCGUGUGUUGGGAAGGCGAGCACCCUGGCAGUGAUCUUAACUAAUAAUCUACUCGAAAUUACAGAAAGCCUUAGUAUUUUUUAAUGUGUCUGGUCCUUCAGCUGUUUUAUAUGAGGUCAUGUUUUAUAAUGAAUGUGUGACGUUAUAUACGUGCUCUUUCUUAUUUUAGACGGAAUAUAGUUGUGAAUGUGUAUUAUUUAUGAAGUUGCAGUUUUAUUUGGAUUUUAUAUAAACGCAAGUCGGAUUUUAUAAUGUCUGUUUUGUUGUUAUAAUACUUUUUUUACAAAGCAAAUAAAUGAGCAGAGAUUUGUAAGA